AUGUCACUUCCUCCAUUAGAUGAACUACAGUGGAAGAGUCCUGAAUGGAUUCAGACCUUUGGGUUGCGUACAGAUAAUGUUUUGGAGUAUUUCAGUGGUUCACCAUUUUUCGAAAAGACAUCUAAUAACCAGGUUGUGAAAAUGCAGCAGCAGUUUUCUCAACAGGGUCCUGUUGGUGGUAACAUACCUCUUGGUGGACAAGCAGGAGGAAAUGGGCAAAUUGGAUCCUCAGGUGCUAGUCCUGGUGCUGAUUCUAAUGGGAGUUCUGUCUGUGGAACUGUGACCGCUCCACCUUCGGACCGCACUGCCAUUUGGGAACGCUACCCUGUACACGCGAUGCUUGAGCGAGAACUCAUGAAGAUGAAAGGUAUUGAAUAUAUCCUUGUUCUUGUACGAGAGCCAGACUUGUGGAUUAUUAGAAAACAGCGCAGAAAUGGGCCUAACGAGACUACUACUCUUGGAGAUUACUAUGUGAUAGGAUCCGCAGUUUAUCAAUCCCCAACAGUGUACAAAAUAGUACAAAAUAGGAUGCUCAGUACAAAUUACCAUCUUUCGCAUGCUCUUUCUCAGCUCAACAAAUUAGUUGAGUUUCAUCCGGCACAGGGUGCCUCCUUUAUGCGUUCAUCGGACACUAUACCUACUUCCGUAGCGAACAACACUACCACAGGUGCUACUACAGGUCAUACUAUUGCUAACACUGUUUCUGUGCCAGACACAGGGAUGGCUAACACUGGAACAUCAGGUGCCACAGCUGCAGCUACGUCAAUUGAUCCUGAACGCCGCCAAGACACGAUUAACAUGGAAGUUAUGGAUAAACUCAUGACAACCAGCAUCAAAGCAAACCCAGUGUAUAUAUAA